AUGCGAAAUAGUUAUUUGGCGUCUUUACAAUUUCUAUUGUUUUUUAUACUGUGUGAAUUAAAAACGAAGACAACGAUAGCAGAAAGUUGGCCGACAACAUUACAGUCAUCAACAGUCAAAUUACUUGGUCUCUUUCCUGAACAAACAGAUAUAGAACCAAAGAAUGAUAUGUGGACUAUUCACUGUCGUUCCAUGUUUAAAGCAGCUAUUCUUUUAUCUCAACGAUAUAAUAUAACAUUAGAAGGACAAUUAGUUGAUUAUGAAGAAACAUUAACAGAUAAUGAUGUAAUGGUUAUGGUUGAUCAUACAUGUCAAAAAGUAUCAACGUCAAACAUAGUUGGAAUUGUUGGUCCAGCAUAUUCAAGUGAAGUUCGAUUUAUUGCAUCAUUUGCGUAUCGAUUAGGAAUAGUAGCUGUCUCCUAUGCAGCUACAAAUCCUGACUUAUCAACUAUUGAUAAUGAAGCCUUUUAUCGUACAGUUCCAUCAGAUGAAAAUACUGCAUUAAGUAUAAUAAAAUUAUUUCUACAAUAUAAAUGGAAAUCAUGUACAAUUAUAUAUCAAAAUGAUGAAUAUGGUUAUGGUGGUAUGAACUUCUUAAGUCAAAAGUUUGUUGAAUUUAAUAUUAACACUACAGAUACAAUUAAAUUCGAUAUGAAACAACAAAAUUUUCAAAUUGAUUUUAGAAAGACAUUAUCUGAUAGUUUAUCACGUAUUGUUGUUGUAUGGGCAAAUGAAAAUUCAUCAUUAACAAUAUUGAAUAAAGCACUUGAAGCGGAUGUAAUUGGUCCAUAUUUUGUUUGGAUACUAACAACAACAAUAUCAUUAGAUCAUUUUAGUCUAACACAAAAAUCAAAACUUAUUGGGGUGCUUACUGUUGAACCUGUUGAAGGACAUCUUGUUGAUGCACCCAUAAACACAACAUUGUUAAAUCAAGCAUAUGACUUAUGGAAAUAUUAUGACUAUGAUACAUUUCCUGGUGAUACAAAUGUUAGUAGUUAUGCAUUAUUUACAUUUGAUGCAGCAUGGUCAUUAAUAUUAUCAUUACAGCAACUUUGUUCAAUACAACUACCAUGUUUAGAAUUUGUGAAUGUCUCAAAUUGUUAUAAUCGUCUAUUUCUUCAUUCUGAACAUUAUUAUAGUAUUAUGAGUAAAAUGACAUUUUUAGGUGUAUCUGGUCAAAUAAAAUUUUCUAAUGAAACAGCAGAUCGUGUUGAUGAUGCAUAUUACAUUGUUAAAAAUAUACAACCUUUAAAUACCGAUCCAAACAAUAUUUAUUAUUUACCUGUAUUAAAAUGGUAUACUGGUAGCGAUAAAUGGACAUAUUAUACAAAUGAAUCGAAUGAUAUUAUAUGGCCAGAUUUAUCAAAAAAUAUUCCAAAAGAUCAUAGAUUAAUCUCAGGUCAAAAAUUACGAAUAGCUAUUAUGGAAGUAGCACCGUUUAUAAUGUUGAAAAAUUCAACUAAUAUGUAUAAUAACAUGACCGACAAUUACAAAAUAGUUGAUAUGACAUCAUUCCACGGCUUUUUUAAAGAUAUACUAUCAAAUUUACAAGAUAGAAUGGGCUUCAUUCCUGUUAUUAUGUUAGUUAAGCCAGAUACAAAAUAUAAUGAAUUAGUUGCUGGUGUAGCAAAUGAUUUAUAUGACACUGUUAUGUGUGGUAUAACUAUAACUGAAGGACGAGCUAGAAUAGUUGAUUUUUCUGAAACGAUUCGUCCUAAUUCUCUUAGAGUUCUUAUAAGAAAACCAAAAUCUAUUCAAUUAGAUUAUCUUGCUUUUUUAAAACCGUUUUCAUUAACACUCUGGUUACUUUUAUUAGGCAUAGGAUUGUAUGCUGCUGUAUUAAUAUAUUUAUUUGAACGAAAUAAUAAUGAAAAGUUUAAGAAAGAGAACAGUGAUAGUGGAAACUUAUUAUCAAUAGUUAGACCACUAGUAAAAAGUGUUUACUAUGCAAUAAGUUAUCUACUUGGUAAAGGUCCUGAUUUUCAUGUGUCAACAGCUGCUGGACGAUUACUAACUAUUGGCAUAUAUAUUGUAUGCAUAAUAUUAACAGCAACAUAUACAGCGAACCUAUCAUCAUAUUUAGUAAGACAAACAACUAUUCCUACUAUAUCAGGAAUAGAUGAUAUAAUAAACAGUAAAAUAUUAUCCAGUCGAGUAGGAAUUGUUGAAGAAUCAACUAUACAAGAUUAUGCUGUAUUACAAGGUAUAAAAAACUAUUAUCCAUUAAAGUCAUUAAAUGAAAUUUUUAUAAAUUUAAUGAAUGGUGACAUUGAUGCUGCGAUAUGGGCCAAUGUAACGGCUGAAUAUUACACCAAUAAUCUAUAUUGUGAUAUAAUGACUGUUGGUGCUGAUUUUGGUCAUUCGUUUUAUGGAAUACCAGUUAAACAGGAUUGGUUAUAUAAAGCAGAUUUAGAUUCUAAUAUACUACUUUUAUCAGACUUAGGAAUAAUUGAUCAGUUAUCAGCAAAAUGGUUUGGACAAUAUAAAUGUGGAACACCACAACCACUUAAUGUGAAAAUAACUAAAAUUACAAUAGAACCAAUGAGUGGAUUAAUUAUUAUAUUUUUUGCGUUAAGUAUUAUAUCUAUUUUGUUACAUUUUUGGUUACCAAGAGAUGCUUGCAAACCGAAAAUUGUUCCCAUACGCAAAAAAUUUGAUAGGGCACAGCGCGCGUGUAUAACUGCGGAUAUCAUGCCAUGUACGUUUUGUAAAUCCAGGAGGAUGGUACACAUUCCCCGAAUGUUUAAACGCCGAAGAUCAUUACCGGACACGUGGCACGUGCAUGCUCAUGCACUUAGUAUGGUCCAAGGCACAGCACAAAUGGCUUUAGACUUGCCACGUUGGCCAUCCCAAUACGUUUCGAGGCUCAUCUAG